CCCAGCCCCGGAGGGAGCUCAUGGGAGUAUGAAGGAGAUGGUAGGAGGCUGCUGCGUAUGUUCGGACGAGAGGGGCUGGGCCGAGAACCCGCUGGUCUACUGUGAUGGGCACGCGUGCAGCGUGGCUGUCCACCAAGCUUGCUAUGGCAUCGUCCAGGUGCCCACAGGACCCUGGUUCUGCCGGAAAUGUGAAUCUCAGGAACGAGCAGCCAGGGUGAGGUGUGAGCUGUGCCCACACAAAGAUGGGGCAUUGAAGAGGACUGACAAUGGAGGCUGGGCCCACGUGGUGUGUGCCCUCUACAUCCCCGAGGUGCAGUUUGCCAACGUGCUCACCAUGGAGCCCAUCGUGCUGCAGUACGUGCCUCAUGAUCGCUUCAACAAGACGUGCUACAUCUGCGAGGAGCAGGGCCGGGAGAGCAAGGCCGCCUCGGGGGCCUGCAUGACCUGUAACCGCCAUGGAUGUCGGCAAGCUUUCCACGUCACCUGUGCCCAAAUGGCAGGCCUGCUGUGCGAGGAAGAGGUGCUGGAGGUGGACAACGUCAAGUACUGUGGCUACUGUAAAUACCACUUCAGCAAGAUGAAGACGUCCCGGCACACCAGCGGGGGAGGUGGAGGAGCAGGAGCAGGCACGGGGGGCAGUGGCGGCAGCUUCAUCGCCGACCGGAGAAGCCGGUCAGCUUCACCUUCCACCCAGCAGGAGAAGCACCCUUCCCACCACGAGAGGGGCCAGAAGAAGAGUCGAAAGGACAAAGAACGCCUUAAACAGAAGCACAAGAAGCGGCCUGAGUCACCCCCCAGCAUCCUCACCCCUCCUGUGGUCCCCACUGCUGACAAGGUCUCAUCCUCGGCUUCCUCCUCCUCCCACCAUGAGGCCAGCACUCAGGAGACCUCUGAGAGCAGCAGGGACACGAAGGGGAAAAAGUCUUCCAGCCAUAGCUUGAGUCACAAGGGGAAGAAACUGAGCAGUGGGAAAGGUGUGAGCAGUUUCACCUCCACCUCCUCUUCCUCCUCCUCUUCCUCCUCCUCCUCCUCCGGGGGGCCCUUCCAGCCUGCAGUUCCAUCCUUGCAGAGCUCCCCCGACUUCUCUGCAUUCCCCAAGCUGGAGCAGCCAGAGGAGGACAAGUACUUCAAGCCCGCGGCCCCAGCCCCUUCAGCCCCUGCCUCUCCCUCAGCCCCUGAGCCCCCCAAGGCCGAUCUCUUUGAGCAGAAAGUGGUCUUCUCUGGCUUCGGGCCCAUCAUGCGCUUCUCCACCACCACCUCCAGCUCUGGCCGGGCCCGGGCCCCCUCCCCUGGGGACUACAAGUCUCCCCACAUCUCUGGGUCUGGGGCCUCAGCAGGCACUCACAAGCGGAUGCCCACACUGAGCGCUGCCCCUGUACCUUCGGAGGAGACACCCGAGGCAGGCCUGAAGGAGAAGAAGCACAGAGCCAGCAAGAGAAGUCGACAUGGGCCAGGCCGUCCCAAGGGCAGCCGGAACAAGGAGGGCGCUGGGGGCCCAGCUGCUCCCUCCCUGCCUGGUGCCCAGCUGGCUGGCUUUACAGCCACUGCUGCUUCACCCUUCUCCGGAGGUUCCCUCGUCAGCUCUGGCCUGGGUGGUCUGGCCUCCCGCACCUUUGGGCCCGCAGGGAGCCUGCCCAGCCUGAGCUUGGAGUCCCCUCUGCUAGGGGCAGGCAUCUACACCAGUAAUAAGGACCCCAUCUCUCAUGGUGGUGGAAUGCUGCGGGCUGUCUGCAGCACCCCACUCUCCUCCAGCCUGCUGGGGCCUCCAGGGACCUCAGCCCUGCCUCGCCUCAGCCGCUCUCCAUUCACCAGCACCCUCCCCUCCUCCUCCUCCUCGGCUUCUAUUUCCACCACUCAGGUGUUUUCUUUGGCUGGCUCCACCUUUAGCCUCCCUUCUACCCACGUCUUUGGAACCCCCGUGGGUGCUGUUAACCCUCUCCUCACCCAAGCUGAGAGCAGCCACACAGAGCCAGACCUGGAGGACUGCAGCUUCCGGUGUCGGGGAACCUCCCCCCAGGAGAGUCUGUCUUCCAUGUCCCCCAUCAGCAGCCUCCCAGCACUCUUUGACCAGACGACAUCUGCACCCUGUGGGGGCAGCCAGGUAGACCCAGCUGCCCCAGGAACCACUAACAUGGAGCAGCUGCUGGAGAAGCAGGGCGACGGCGAGGCUGGAGUCAACAUCGUGGAGAUGCUGAAGGCUCUGCACGCGCUGCAGAAGGAAAACCAGCGGCUUCAGGAGCAGAUCUUGAGCCUGACGGCCAAGAAGGAGCGACUGCAGAUUCUCAACGUGCAGCUCUCGGUCCCCUUCCCUGCCCUGUCUGCCGCCAUGCCUGCCGCCAACGGCCCCGCCCCUGGGCUCUACGGCCUGCCUCCGCAAGCCGGCAGCAGCGAUUCCUUGAGCACCAGCAAGAGCCCACCCGGGAAGAACAGUCUUGGUUUGGACAACUCGCUGUCCACGUCUUCCGAGGACCCACACUCAGGCUGCCCGAGUCGCAGCAGCUCGUCGCUGUCCUUCCACAGCACGCCCCCACCGCUGCCCCUGCUCCAGCAGAGCCCAGCCACUCUGCCCCUGGCCCUGCCUGGGGCCCCUGCCCCGCUCCCGCCCCAGCCACAGAAUGGGUUGGGCCGGGCACCCGGGGCAGCGGGACUGGGGACUAUGCCCAUGGCUGAUGGGCUUUUGGGGGGGCUGGCUGGCAGCGGGGCCCUGCCCCUUAAUGGGCUCCUGGGGGGGUUGAAUGGGGCUGCCGCCCCCAACCCUGCGGGCUUGAGCCAGGCUGGCGGGGCCCCUACGCUGCAGCUGCCAGGUUGUCUCAACAGCCUAACGGAGCAGCAGAGACACCUCCUGCAACAACAAGAGCAGCAGCUCCAGCAGCUCCAGCAGCUCCUGGCCUCUCCACAGCUGACCCCGGAGCACCGGACGGUUGUCUACCACAUGAUCCAGCAGAUCCAGCAGAAGCGGGAGCUACAGCGGCUGCAGAUGGCCGGGGGCUCCCAGCUGCCUGUGGCCAGCCUGCUGGCAGGAAGCUCCACCCCGCUGCUGUCCGCGGGCACCCCUGGCCUGCUGCCCACAGCAUCUGCCCCACCCCUGCUGCCCGCCGGAGCCCUGGUAACUCCUGCGCUCGGCAACAACACAAGUCUCAUGGCCGCAGCAGCUGCGGCCGCAGCAGUAGCAGCAGCCAGCGGACCUCCAGUCCUCACUGCCCAGACCAACCCCUUCCUCAGCCUGUCGGGGGCAGACAGCAGUGGCAGUGGCCCCAAAGGAGGGACCGCUGACAAAGGAGCCUCAGUCAACCAGGAAAAAGGCUAAUCCACCCACACCCCUCCUGACCCCUAGGUGGAGGGGGUAGUCCUGGCCUGAGGGGUCCCAGUCUGAAGCGGACACCCUGUGCUCAGGCACUGGAGAGCCGGCCCCAAGUGUGUGCCGUGGUCUAGGGAGUGUGGGGCACUCUUGGUGCCCAGGACUGAGACCCAGAGGGGAGCCCUUCUGUCUGGCCCCCAUCCCCCUCUGCACUGACCCCUUUGUGAGGGGCUCAGAGGGAGGACAGGCUCCCAGGCUGCCUAGGAGUGCCCAAGCUCAGCAAAUGUUCUGUGGUCCCCAGAGAGCAGAGUGGGCAUGGCGUAAGUGGGGGUUGUUGAGCCCGCCACGAACGGACCAGCAGUUGAGUGGGAAGAAGGGGAGGGAGGGGCCCUGGGCCUCCCCUUGCCGGUCAUCUUCUGUGGAAGUAGGGGCAGCCUGACCGUGCCUGUGGCUUCUUCCCAACGUAGACAGCAGGCAGGAAGGAUCCUCGGACUGUUUCUCACUGGUCCCCUUCCCCUCCCCCAACAGGGGUCUCGAGCUGAGCUCGUAGAAACCCUGAGGGGGCUGAGGAAGGGGCAGGCUGGCAAGGCUCCCCACCUCCGGGCUGGCGCCCUGCCCCUCGUUUGCACUAUUGGAUUAGGAGUGCCAGGGUGGGAGAUGGAGCUGCCCGACUCAGUGAGUGUGCGUGUGUGCAUGUGCGAGAGUGUGGCCGGCCUGGGCGGCGGGCAGGGCAGGGAGGGGGCAGUGCUCAGACAAGGCCUCGGAGGGGCUCCCAGCACUUGUUGGCACCUCCCCACCUCACCAACUUUGGUCCCUUUCUGGGGCAUAAAUGGUUAACAAAAACCAGACAGUACUCCAAUAUUGGAGAGUAAGCGGGGCUGGGAGCUUUGAAUCAGGGUAAUAUCCUGCCUUUCCCCCCCAGACCCACGUAGUCUCAUGCCCUCUCAGGGCACCCCUCCUCGCUGGUAGCUGGUAGUGGGCUCUGCUUCCCUGUCACCAGGGGAGCCCCAGGGACUGAGGGAGGAGGUGGGGGCAAAGUGCUACUUCCUUUAGUGAACACCUCCCUCCCUGGACUAGCCAGCCCCUCCCCAGCCUCCCCUCACCGGCCUAGGGAAAGAGCUUAAGCUGACCUAACAGCUGUUGCUUCACCCACCAGCUAGUUCCUUGGGUGCAGUGGGCCGCUGUCACCUUGAAGAGGCCCGUCUGCCCAGGGCCUUUGGGGGCCAGGGCAGGGUGGGCCACCGGCCAGGCGAGAGCAGGCCUGCUGUGUGCUGCAGUUGCACUGGGGUGGGAGCAGGGAGACGAGGCUCCGCUUUCCCUGACGCUCAUGUCUUGUCAGUCUCUUUGCAUGUGUGGAGUUUUUUGUGUGUUUCUGUUUGGGUUUUUGUUGUUGGUGGUUUUUUUUUUUUUUAAUAAAGAAAAGAAGAUGUGUAUAUUUUUGGCAACAACAGAAACGUAGUGCAGAUAUAUUUUUGCCUGUGCUGCUCAACUGGUUUUUUUCUGAUACUGAAAAUAAUAUUAAUAAUCCUGUUGAUAAGACUUUGUAAGAUGUUAGGGAGCUGAUAAUGGAGGGGGCGGGAAUCCUUCAGAGGCAAUUUCUUAGGCACUUGCAAGGGCUUGGGGGAGGGGGGAGCAGUUGUGAUGACCUCAGAAAUACUCACUUUUUAUUAAUGCUAAAUAUCAGUUAGAAUGAAAUGAUAGAAUUCAGCAUCUUAUGCAUCUUCAUCUAUUAAGCUCUCUAACUCCCUGCCCCCAAACCACUGAAAAGAAAAGAACCCUCAGAGAUGUUUAGAAGAGCUGCCCAUUCACACCCACGCCACUUAGCGCUCAAGUCCACUUCUGUUCUGCAUGGUGAGGGGGGCCCCACCCCGGGGCUGCGGAGAGGCCCGCAGCGGUCAGUGCGCUGGAACCGAGACUCCCGCCCCAGUCUCCAGAGUCCCGGGUUCUCAUCACCAAGUCUGUGUUCUCCCCACCAAGUCUGUGUUCUCCCCCGUUCCCAGACUGGGGUGCAGUGGCGGGUAGUCAGGUGAGAUUUGAAGGACCCAGGCUGGGGAAGACGGGGCUGUCUCUCCAGUGAGGGGCGGAGGGUGAGGGCGCUGGGUGGUGGCGGCAUUUCCUUUCAAAGGAGUUUUAUCUUGGGAAUAUGGGGAGAUGCUGGGGAGGGGCAGGAUCUCCGUGCAGGUCAGGGGUGGCCCUCUGCCCUCUGCCCGCCCAGCGGUGUCUUUCCAGGAUGUAUCUGGAAGGGGAGGGGAUGCAGAUUUGCAGAUCUUUCCGUCUAAGGGGAGGGGAAGGAUGUGGGUUUGGGGCGGAAGUGGAGUGUGAAAAGUGCGUGUGGAGCUCUGUGUGCACUCAGGGAGGAGCUGCUGUCCUGCCUUGCGGUCACAGUGUGACUGUCCGCUGGAAGGGACCUGUUUUUAGACAUUGUGUAGGCCAGCUCCUCCAUUCACAGGUGGUACCUAACUCCAAGCCGGGGGCAGAGUCUUGACCAGCCCUCAGGACCCUGCCCUCCUGGUCUCUGGCUCUCAGCCCACCUGAGACACCCCUCACUAGCACACCCCCACCCCCACCCCCUGGCUGGCUGUCCCUGGGUAUGCGAUUGUGGUGUGAGUGCAGGGCUCACCCGCAGGAUAUCUGUAGCCCUGGCUAGUAGCGCUCUGCGGAUCCUUCCAGAGACAAUGACACUUUCAAGGUUGCUUUUUUUUUUUUUUAGUUUUACCUAUUUGUGUAAGUUUUCCCCUCAGGCUCCUGGGUCUCCUGCUGCCUCCAGGCCUCCUUAUAUUAAAGCUGAGGCGAGGACCCCUGCCCACUCCUGUACUGAGUUCUGGGGAAGUACUCCAAGGAAAGACUAGAAAGGGGAGCCAGAGUCAGGGGCCAGUUUUGAGAAGGUAACGCCACAUUUGCCUUCUGCUGAACUGGGAAUGCAGGAUUCCAAAGAGAGGUUCCCUUGGCCACCCAGCCUGUCUCGGUGAACCCUGGACCAGGGUUAGAGCAGCAGCUUGCUCCCAGUUGACCCAACUCACUUCCCUGGGGAGAGGUAUCUGGAGGCAUUAAGGUCACUUCACCUGGGCAUUCGGGGGAUGGCGGAGUACAGUAUUUCCCAGCCUCCCUCCGUCACAUCAAUCCAGAUUCAAAGCCGGUCUGGCUCCUACCCACUUGGACUUGAUCUACUGAAAAGUGGGGUCUGAGGGGUGCUUUCAUUGCCCUUUGUUCACUUUCUACAGCCCAACUUGGGACUUCCAUGUUGGACUGGAGACCCAAACUGACUCACUGACAUCCACCCCACCCUUCUCAAUGUAGCAGACCCUUCCCCGGGGAGCAGGGAGGGGAAGCCACAGUUUGCAAACCCAGGGGCUCCUUUUUCAUUAUUUCUAAAACCUUUAUAUCCUCAGCCCAAAAGGCAAGCCCCCCCCACCCCUGCGCCCAAGCCUGGAAUUGUGCAUCACCGGGAUCUUGUAUCUUUGUAUAACGGAUGUUAUUUGUACGAAGGGCAGUUCGUAAACAGCACUUGUUCUUUUAAUAAAAGAAUGUUUUACAAAAAAAAUAAUAAUAAUCCA